AUGCAAUCUACUGAUUGGAUCGAGGAGACGCAAGACAGAGCGCCACAUGUAAUAGAAGCUGGGCGGGGAAAAACACAUCAAUACAAAAAUGAGCAACUCGCCGGAUCCUUUUCUGCUUUUCAAGCUGUCAAGACCAUUCGCGCCCUAUCAUCUCUUGACGUCAACAUGUCGGGCAAGCCUUGGAGGGAACGAUUUUCAUGGCUAUGGAAACCAGGACCCAGUGCCCGUGGUCAUGAUCCUGAGUUAGGGCUAAAUGAUCCCAAUCCCACCCCCAGUGCGAAACUGGGCGACCCCGGGGCUGGACUUGGGGAGAACACGAACAAGGACAGAGGCGAGGGAUUAGACAAGAAGAAAGAGGAUGAGAAGGAUGGGGGUAAAUAUACGAAGGGAGACAUGGGAGUUCAACCGCUUCCCUGGCGUGUGGCUCUACGAUUCGAUGGCUUGGAGCGGACAAAUCUCUUCUACCUCGAACGCAGACUGGCUCAUCUACAAGAGUCACUGAGCCAUCUGCAACUCGUUGACGACGGCGGCGGCAGCAGCAGCAGUAAGGAUACAGAGACGAAGAAAUUGACCAAAGUCGUUGAUCAAAUCCACGAUACUUGGGAAGAACGGCGAGAACGCCUGCCGCUGACCCACGUUGAUAUUGACCCAAGUACUGGAGUUCGGGUAAAGAGACUUGAUACACAAGAUGAACUCGUUCAGGAGUCCGGAAUGCUAACUACUAGCACCCAGGAAAGGAAUGUCGAGCAAGCACCUGUCGAGGGGCCGGGUGCUGCAGAUAGCAGGGCUCGAGAAGCGAAACAGACGCAGUACAGAGUUCUUAACCGAUCUGAAGAACUGUUCGAGAACCUGACAACCGCCUUACGCGACUACAGUGAGACUUUUCUACCAACCCCCGACUCUCACGCCAACAAUUUGCAUGCCAAAACUGACCUUUCCCAGACCAAGCCCUUCUCCAGCACCGUGACCUCGAACGCAUCCCCCACUUCCCCAAGGCCCCUCCCCCAAACCGCGAUAAUUUCAAACGGCACAACAGCAGCACCUCUCUCCUCACCCUGGACCCAUGUAUCUGCCCACCCCCCUGCCCCAGCCAACCCUGGUCAUGGACCCCUCGCCCAGGGGACUUUUCUUUCCCUAAAAACUCUGAAGAAUGGGCCGGUGCUUUGA